AUGAAAAUAAUUAUUUACCCUUCAGCAAAUGAAUAUAAAAAUACGUGUUUGUGUUCUGGUGACUCGCGACAUCAACUUUUGCGCGGUGUUACAAUUAGUGUGCCGACAAAGGCACUUUUUUAUCCGUUGCGGCUUAUUUAGAGUUUGAUUCCGAGCCCUAAUCAUAGUACAAGGCUUAUGGCACAGAACAUACCCGUUUUGGUUACCUAAUAGAUGUUCACAUAAAAGAUGUUUAAAUUUUAUAAUAAAAUGGUACUGCAACAGUCCAUAGCGGUUACGCUAAAUCGGCUGACUCCUUUCAAUUGGCACGCCGCUGCAUUUGCAUCAGCCGGUAUUGCUGAGGCGAAGAACAAUACCGAAGAGGAGAAACAGGCGCAGGCUAGGAGGCCCUCCGUAGAAAAAGGCAGCUCUAUCGUAAAAACUGUAUUUGCUUCCAUACAGUUGCAUGAUAGUAGUGACGAUAUACAAACGCCUUUUACCGAUUCAAAAUUGCUUAAAGCGCAAACUGUAAACGAAUUGUUAACAAUUACAGACGGGACUGGAAUAUCGCGAAAACAUGCUCUUCAGGUGGUAUCAAUUCUGUCCACGUGGACCUCAAGCGGAAAAAUUCAACUGAGCGAGUUUGAUAGCGACCCUCGAUUUCUCAAGCUGUGUAAAGUACUGACCAGAGGGACGACAGGAAGCAAAUCCAAUAAACAAGUGGCGGCAUUAUCCAAGCAUGAUGAUUUAUCCACAGUGCUCAGUGUUGCUGCUGAUGAGGAAGCUGCCAAGCUCGUUGGCAGCAUUACAUUGUCACAAAUGAUCAAAGUACUCACAACUCUUUCGCUGAGAAAACGACGAUCUGUUUUGUUACUGAGAACCCUGGCUUACAAUAUUGCUGGCAGCUCUGAACAGAUGAACAUUAAACAAUGUGCAGACCUAUUUUAUAGCAUUGCGACAUUGAAUUUUUACGAUGAGAACUUAUUUGAAAAGGCUGCAGAUAAUGUCAUUUCUAUUCUGCAGCAAGAUAUUGUUAAGAAAAGCGCAGUUGUUGGGUCAAUUUUAACAAGUAUGGGCCUACUGAAGUAUAGAAAUCCUGUUUUGCUUGAUGCAAUCAGUCACUGGAUCAUAAAGAACACUGCUGUAUGCAGACCUCAGGAUAUUUUUAGCUUGUUUAUGAGCCUCGGUGUCUUAAACUACGUUCCUUCUAACUCUGACCACCUUUUUAAAGUGUUAGUGCCGCAACUUACCCAGGAAGAGGCAGGAAAACCUGCAAUUUGGCUGGAAGUUGUUUGGUCAUUAAUUCUUCUAAAUCAAGCCAGUCAUGCACAUGUUAUGUCAGUAUUAAACGACACAUUUAUCGACAAAUUGGCAGAAAAGCCAUCUAUAAGCACUUCUGCUAUUUUGAAGUUACUCAACAUCGAUGGGGCAGCCCACUACUUAUUGACGGAUUACUCUGGUCCGAAAAUAGCACAAAAUCACAAUAUUCGCCAGACCUGUCUGCAAAUAUCGAGGGAAAAGGCGCAAAUAACCAAUUCAGUCAUUGACGCUCUGAAAAAUCUGAUCCCAGAAAGUUACCUCAGAAAUAGCGUAAACACCGGAUUGGGUUUUUACAUUGACGCAGAAUGUGUGCUGGAUAAAAAUUGCAAUCCAUUACCGCUAAAUGAAACAAUCGGCGCCGACCGUAUUAGAGUUGCCGUUUUGACAUACGAUUAUCACGACGUCUGCAAGGGAAAAAUGGAGCUGACAGGAAUCACUGCGUUCCACGAGAGGCUUCUUGAAGCGAUGGGUUACCAAAUUGUUUCCAUUCCGUUCACGGAUUUUAAAGUAACCGAGAAAAUAGUCAAAAAAGUUCAAUAUUUAGAAAACCGGCUCAAGCAGGCGGUGCAGCAAUAGUUAGUUGUAUAUAAAACGUUAAUAUUUGUAUUUGAAUUGUAUGUAAUUUAUUGGGAUUACCUCCAUCGAUUCUAUAUUUUAGUUAAUGCAAAGUACCGAGUAAUUAAAAUUUAAAUCAAUCAUG